AUGAAAGAAUCGGAGCUGAACAUUCCAGAGUAUGCUGUUCCAUACACGACAUCGGCUUGUGUGUCAUGCGUUGCGCCAGCGAAGAUUGUAGCUCCAGCUCCAGUAGUCGCACCAGCAGCGGUUGUUGCUCCGGCACCAGUUAUGGCACCAGUAGCCGUUGUUGCUCCAACAACAUUUGUAGCAGCUGCUCCAGUCAUGGCUCCAACAGCUGUUGUAGCACCAGCACCAGUAAUGACAUCGGCUCUACUUUCAUAUCCUGUGGUAGGUUAA